CCAAAACCAACGCGGGACUUAAAGUAGCGAUUGCGUUGAUCUGCAGCACACGGCACGUUUCUUUGAUUCCUCCCUAUAAGAACGCGUUUCAAGUUUUAUUAUCAUACACUAAACCCAUCUCCUAUUUAUACUUUCUUUUGGGUUUUUUUCUCUCCUUCAUUGAAGUAGCGUAACAUUGAAGUAAGCGGUAACAUUUCGGAAGAAUCUCUUUCUUUAGUUGAUAUGAGCCAACAACGUACACGCUCUCGGAACCCGUUCAAGAUUCUGUUUACGAAGAAGAACAAUGCUCGAUUAUCGCCAAAGCUUCUCUCACUGUUGAACAAUUUCGAGACUAACUUGACGGUAUCGAUUAGAGAACUUGUACCAAAGGAUAAGAAUGAUAUCGUUAGUGUUUCUUGGAUGAUACAAGCCAUGCAGUCUCUUUGUGAGACACACAAGAGUAUCAGGACGCUCGUGAAGGAUUUAGAGGUUCCAGUAUCGGAUUUGGAGGAGAAUUUCAUUUAUAUCUUCUCUGACUUUAGCUUGAAGCGGGAACUCUGCAACGCCUUUACCUCAGAGAUAUAUCAUUUGGAACAUGGCAAUCUAUUACUAAAGUUUGCUUUUAGUAAGCUGGAGACAAACAGUGGCAAUAUUCUUCAGCGUUGGAAUCAGCACAUGGUUUCCAAGAACCCGAGUAUCGAAAACUGGGGCGCGGUUUUGAGUAGGCUGGUUGAAUCGAUGGAUCAUCAUCAUCAUAUCUCCAAGAAGGGGAAGAAGAAAUACUCUGCGGAAGGAAAAGUUCUCUUACGAGUUUUAUACGGUGUAAAGGUCAAGACUUUAUACAUAUUCAGCGUGUUUGAUGCAUCGUUCUCGGGUUCUUCCAAGAAUCUCUUCUAUCUAACCAUUCCAAAGGAGAUGGAGGAGCUUCCAUGGGUUCAAGCUUUCAUGGAACUGCAGAACACUAUUAACCCGGAGAUCAAAAACACAUUUUUAUCAGACGGAUUCACGGUUAUAAAAGAUCUCGAGGCUGUUGAAACCGGUGUGAAGAAGCUUUACACAGCGGUACAAGAAGGGUCGGUUCCUAUUUUGUUAGUGGAACCAUUGGAGAAGUCAGUGAUAGAACUUUCGGAAAGGUUUGAGCUAGUCUCCAAGGAAACACGUUGCUUGUCGAAGAUGGUGAUCUCUGCCCGAGACGCAUUGUUGGAGAGCCUGUGGACGAAAUGCGCAGAAGAGCUAGGAGUGACAUUGCCAACGAUGGUUAAAAGUGUUAAUAUAGAGGAAAAGAGCUAAGACUUGUUUGUGAAUAUAGAGGAAACAUGUAAUUAUGGUAUCGUUGAUGUUAAGUAAUAACAAAUGCAGAUAAAAAUGAGACUUUAAAACGCUUCAAAUAUUGAUAACUCUCUCUUUUCAAUCGGUGCUAAGCUAUAACUACAUUUUCAAGUUAGUCAGAAUUGUGCUUUAGUUCAUCUUAGUUGAUAAUGGAUAAGUGAUGGGUUUGCUUGAGG